AUGAGCGCCAACGCCGAAUCUGCCCCCCAAGUGGCAGACUUUGUUACCCUGACCCAGGACAACACCGCCAACACGCAAUCCACCGUCAACCAAGAUGCCUCGGGACGCAAGCCCUCCUCCCCCGCCGCCGCCGCCGCCGAACUCGCCAGUACAAAGGUAAAGCUGAUGGCCGCCUUGAAGUCGUUCCGCGAUUUCCCUAUCCCCGGCAUCAACUUUAUCGAUAUCCUCCCCCUCUUCCAGGACGUCAAGACCCACGAGGCUCUCCUCGUCGCUCUCCAGCUCCAGAUCGAGCUCUCCCAGCAGAAGCCCGAUGUCAUUGUCGGUCUCGAUGCCCGCGGCUUCCUUUUCGGCCCCUCUCUCGCCUUGAGAAUGGGCGCUAGCUUCGUCCCCGUCCGCAAGCAGGGCAAGAUGCCCGGUCCCUGCGUCACUGCCGCCUACGAGAAGGAGUACGGCACCGACUUCUUCCAGAUGCAGGAGGGCGCCAUCAAGCCCGGCCAGAAGGUUCUUAUCGUUGACGAUAUCAUUGCUACUGGUGGCUCUGCUGCUGCCGCUGGCGAGCUUGUCCAGAAGCUCGGUGGUGAGACGAUCGGUUAUCUCUUCAUCCUCGAGAUCGCUUUCCUCAAGGGCCGUGAGAAGCUCGGCGGUGUUCCCGUCACCACUCUUCUCGAGACCGAUGAGUAA